AUGGCAGAAGAAGGGCAAGUGAUCGGUAUCCACAGUGAGGAUGCGUGGAAGGAACAUCUGAAGAAGGGAGAAGAAUCUAAAAAACUGGUUGUGGUGGAUUUCACGGCUUCUUGGUGUGGCCCAUGUCGUUUCAUUGCCCCAUUUGUAGAAGAGCUUGCUAAAAGCCUGACCAAUGUCAUCUUCCUCAAGGUGGAUGUGGAUGAAUUGAAGAAUGUUUGCAGUGAAUACGAAAUUGAGGCUAUGCCAACCUUCCUGUUCUUAAAGGAAGGCAAGGUGGUGGACAAGUUUGUGGGUGCUAAGAAAGAUGAACUGCAACUGAAAAUAAGCACACAUGCAACCUCUGCUGCUUGA